AUGAGCAAGGGGGAAAAGGAAAGCGGUUCGUGCUGGUCGUGGCGAGGUUUAGACGCGAUCCGUACGGCCUCGGCGACUUCGUCCUUGCGCCGUUGUCGCUUCUGUUUUUCCUUCUUUAUCGAGUCUUUGCCCUUCAACACGCCUCCGCCUCCCGCGGCGAUGGGUUUUGUUGGAGGGGACGAGGCGAUCGAGGCGACGGGUAGCUCCGAAGCGAGAGCGGCGGGCGAUUCGACCGAGGACAGGGACGUCCGACCCUUUUGGACGCCGCUCGCGCCUGUGCCCGUGCUGGUGGCGGUGCUCGCGGUCGAGUGUUGCAGCAGCGAUGACGAGCUCGUGAUCGACGACUCGGACGAAGUUGACGAGUGCUGGCGCGCCGGGGAAACGGCAUGCGGAGGGGAAGGGUGGGUCGUCGCGAGCGCCGUCGAAGGUGGGGAGAUGGCGGCCAGAGAAACAUAUUUCUGCUCGGGUGGUGACCGUUUGGCCGCCGCGGCGGCCGCAACUUGGGCCGGUGUCGCCUUUUGUGCAGCCGCAAUCAACCUCGAAGAAGGUCGGAUAGCGGGCGAGGUCGUCGUCGAAGAGGACGCCGAGGUCGAAGCGACGGGGUGCAGCGGCAUCGGUAUCGCGCUAGUGCUGGCAUUGGCCGUCGGGUGCCGAUUCUUUGAAUUGGAUCGCGACGUCGGAGCGCUCUCGAUCAGGACGGCUCUGCAAAAUCAUGUGACGAUCGUGGUCAGCUAUGUGGUAGUCUGCCGUCUGCGUUUGAUGAUGACUGGGCAAGGUCGGAAAUGUCCGCGGUGA